GCCGUGAGGGGCGGAGCCAGCGCGUGCACGGCCCCCGCGUGUGCCCCUGGACUCGUCUUCUCCGCCAAGAUAGCAGCGAGCGAAAGCGCGACGAGGCGGGCGGCGGAAAAUAAAUAAAUAAAAAAAAAAAAGCAGCCGAACUCGGAGGGACCCGGAGAGCUCGUCGACGGAACCGCGGCGGGGUGGAGAGGAGAAAGAAAAGAAAAGAAAAAAAGGUGGCGAAGGGGAGGUCGGGGACGGCUUACACUUGGACGUGAGCGACACUACCCGCCCCCAGCACGAGCUCCUCCAGGACCACCGUGCCCCGCCGGACCGAGAGCUACCGAAGGAACAAUCUGACCUGAGACCUGGUGGUGGACCGAGAGGCGGGAUGAGUUGGGAACGUUCAGCAGCGAGCGCGGUGGAGCACUGAGGGCGGAGACGAGGCGGACUGUGCGACGCGGGAGACCCCAGGAAAUAAUUAGCCGUGCCGGCACACACAGAAUGACUGACUGGACCCUUCUCUCUCCUGCACACCUGUGAGGUCCGCGCCAGCCGUCAGGCCCCGUCCCAGGCGCCGCGCUCGGGGACGCUCGCGAGGGGCCCGCUCCCUCCGGAGGUCCCCCUCCGCUUGCCCCGUCCCGAGACGGCGGGGACCGGGACCCUGUCAUCUUUCGGCAACUGACCCCUCCCGAGCGGCGAAUGACAAGCGUGCAUCCGAGGGCGGGGCUUGCCUCAGUCUCUCGUGAUUGGCUGCUGGAUGGAAUUAAGGUGAAUGGAACACAUGCCCAAGGAGGAAGACCCUAACCCACAAGAGAGCGAGGAGAAACGGUGGCUCAAUGGCCCGAAGAGGAAGAGGAAGAACAGCCAAUGUUCGGUGAAGAGCAUGACGGGGUACAUCCCCAGCUACCUGGAGAAGGAUGAGCCAUGCGUGGUGUGUGGCGACAAGGCCACAGGUUACCACUACCGCUGCAUCACCUGUGAGGGCUGCAAGGGUUUCUUCCGCAGAACCAUCCAGAAGAACCUGCACCCCAGCUACUCGUGCAAGUAUGAAGGCUGCUGCAUCAUCGACAAGAUCACGCGCAACCAGUGCCAGCUGUGUCGCUUCAAGAAGUGCAUCGCCGUGGGCAUGGCCAUGGACCUGGUGCUGGACGACUCCAAGAGGGUCGCCAAGCGGCGCCUCAUCGAGGAGAACCGGGAGCGCCGCAAGAAGGAGGAGAUCGUGAAGACGCUCCAGAACCGCCCCGAACCCACCGGGUCGGAGUGGGAGGUGAUCCACAUGGUGACCGAGGCCCACCGGCACACCAACGCUCAGGGUUCCCAGUGGAAACAGAAGCGCAAGUUCCUGCCGGACAAGAUCGGCCAGUCGCCGGUGGCGCCCACGUCGGACGGCGACAAGGUGGACCUGGAGGCCUUCAGCGAGUUCACCAAGAUCAUCACUCCCGCCAUCACGCGCGUGGUGGACUUUGCCAAAAAACUGCCCAUGUUCUCCGAGCUGCCGUGCGAGGACCAGAUCAUCCUGCUGAAGGGCUGCUGCAUGGAGAUCAUGUCGCUGAGGGCCGCCAUGCGCUACGACCCCGAGAGCGAGACGCUGACGCUGAGCGGCGAGAUGGCGGUCAAGCGCGAGCAGCUGAAGAACGGCGGGCUGGGCGUGGUGUCGGACGCCAUCUUCGACCUGGGCAAGAGCCUGGCGCAGUUCAACCUGGACGACACGGAGGUGGCGCUGUUGCAGGCCGUGUUGCUCAUGAGCUCAGACCGCUCGGGCCUGACGUGCAUGGAGAAGAUCGAGAAGUGCCAGGAGACGUACCUGCUGGCGCUGGAGCACUACAUCAACUACCGCAAGCACAGCGUCCCCCACUUCUGGCCCAAGCUGCUGAUGAAGGUGACCGACCUGCGCAUGAUCGGCGCCUGCCACGCCAGCCGCUUCCUGCACAUGAAGGUGGAGUGUCCCAACGAGCUCUUCCCGCCGCUCUUCCUGGAGGUCUUCGAGGACCAGGAGGUGUGACGGGCACGGGGGGGGGACUCACUGACCUUGUACAGAAAAAAACAAACAAACAAAAAACUGGAAGCGACUCGCCGGCAGGAAGAGGAGGGGCUUCUGCUGCGGCGUGUAGGGGCCCUUCUGUCUGAGCAUGCCAACACACACACACACACACACACACACACACACACACACACACACGGAGAGAGCGGCGGCCAUUGCUCUUCUCAGUAUUAUUGUCCGCUUGUAGCCUCACAAUCAGCAGGUGGGCUGGGACAGGUGAGCACACCUGGACUGACCCAGCAUGGAUUCCUCAAGUCAAUCUGAGCCGUUCCAGUCCAUCCCGGUGCUAUCUUUCUGGCAGACUACUCCAUUUUUGUAACCUUGUUUUUUUUUUUUCUGUCAUCGGACCGGCUCCUGUGACACGCACACACACACACACACACACACACACACACACACACGCUUUUUUUUUCACACACACACCCACACACACUUUUAUUUUCAUUUUAGUUUUUCACACACACACUAAUUUUAAUUUUAUUUUUUCUCACACACAGUUCUUUUCUCUUUUUUUUCCACACACAAUUUUAUUUUAAUUGUAUUAUUUUCCACUCACAUAAAAACGUUUUUAUUGUUUUUUUUUUUGCUAUUACACGAACACACACACACACACACACUUUUAUUUUUAUUUUAGUUUUUCACACACACAUUCAUUUUCAUUUUAGUUUUUCUCACACACGGUUAUUUUCUUUUUUUUUUCCACACACACUUUUAUUUUAAUUGUAUUAUUUUCCACUCACAUAAAAACGUUUUUAUUGAUUUUUUUUGCUAUUACACACACACACACACACACACACACACUUUUAUUUUUAUUUUAGUUUUUCACACACACACUUUUUUUCAAUUUUAGUUUUUCACACACACACACACACACACACUUAUUUUCAUUUUAUUUUUUCUCACACACAGUUAUUUUCUUUUUUUUUCCACACACACUUUUAUUUUAAUUGUAUUAUUUUCCACUCACAUGUUCUGCUAUUACACACUUUUAUUUUUAAUGUUUUCCCCCACAUAAAAACUUUUUUUUUUGCUUUUCCACACUCAUACACCUUUUAUUAAUUCAUGUUUUUGCUAAUUUACACACACAUACACACGCACUUUUGUUUUUAUUUUCAUUGUUUUCCACUCACAUAAAAACGUUUUUAUUGAUUUUUUUUGCUAUUACACACACACACACACACACACUUUUAUUUUUAUUUUAGUUUUUCACACACACACUUUUUUUCAAUUUUAGUUUUUCACACACACACACACACACACACUUAUUUUCAUUUUAUUUUUUCUCACACACAGUUAUUUUCUUUUUUUUUUUCCACACACACUUUUAUUUUAAUUGUAUUAUUUUCCACUCACAUGUUCUGCUAUUACACACUUUUAUUUUUAAUGUUUUCCCCC